AUGUCAAAUCAAUCAGUUUCUGCUAAAUAUUUUCCAAAUGAACCACAACAACCAAUUGUUAAAACAACUUCAUUAAAUGUUUCAAAACAAGAAAUUGAAGCAUUAGGAAAAGUUUUUGAUUCACGUAGUGCUUAUUUUGCUGCGGAUUAUUCAAAAUCAAUUGGUAAUUAUAUAGCUGAUGUUGAUGGUAAUUUAUAUUUAGAUGUUUAUGCUCAAAUCGCUUCAAUUCCCUUAGGUUAUAAUAAUCCUGCAUUAAUUGAAACUGCAAAAUCAGAUAAAAUGAUUAGAGCAAUUGUUGAUAGACCCGCUUUAGGUAAUUUUCCAGGUAAUGAUUUAAAAGAAAUUUGUGGUGAAAUUUUAAAAGUUGCACCAAAAGGUCAAGAUAAAUUAUGGUCAGGUUUAUCAGGUGCUGAUGCUAAUGAAUUAGCAUUUAAAGCAGUGUUUUUUUGGUAUCAAGCUCAAAAACGAGGUUAUAAAACUGAUUUUUCAAGAGAAGAAGUUGAAUCAGUUAUGCAUAAUCAAGCGCCAGGUUCACCAGAAUUGGCAAUUUUAUCAUUUGAAAGAGCUUUUCAUGGUAGAUUAUUUGCUUCUGGAUCGACUACUUGUUCAAAACCAAUUCAUAAAUUAGACUUGCCAGCUUUUAAAUGGCCAAAAGCUGAAUUUCCAUCAUAUAAAUAUCCAUUAGAUGAAAAUGUUGAAGCUAAUAAAAAAGAAGAUGAAAGAUGUUUAGCUAUAGUUGAAGAUUUAUUUAAAACUUGGUCAAUCCCAAUUGCUGGUGUUUUGGUCGAACCAAUUCAAUCAGAAGGUGGUGAUAAUCAUGCAAGUGGUGAAUUUUUCCAAGGUUUAAGAGAUUUAACCAUAAAACAUGGUGCUUUAUUAAUUAUGGAUGAAGUUCAAACUGGUGUUGGUGCAACUGGUGUUAUGUGGGCUCAUGAAAGAUUUAAUUUACAACCACCUCCAGAUUUAGUUACAUUUAGUAAAAAAUUCCAAUCAGCUGGUUAUUUCUUUCAUGAUCCAGAAAUUGUUCCAAAUUUUGCUUAUAGACAAUUUAAUACUUGGUGUGGUGAUCCAGCAAGAAUGAUUUUAGCAGGUUCAAUUGGUGAACAAAUUUUAAAAAAUGAUUUAGUUAAAGUAGCUGAUAGAGUUGGUAAAUAUUUAUAUGAAAAAUUGGAAAAAUUACAAUCAAAAUAUCCAAAAUAUUUAAAAGAUUUAAGAGGUAAAGAUAGAGCUACUUUUAUUGCAUGGUCAUUAGAAUCAAGUGAAGCGAGAAAUCAAUUUUUAAAUGAUAUGAAAAAAGUUGGUAUUAAUAUUGGUGGAUGUGCUGAAGAUUCAGUUAGAUUAAGACCAACAUUAAUAUUUGAAGAAAACCAUGCUGAUGUUUUAAUUGAAGCUAUUGAAAAAGUUUUAUCUAAGUACUAA